GUGUAGUUCUCAUUCGAAAGUUCUCAAAAAAGACCUUGGAGUCUUGAACCGGUGACCAAUCGCAACCCCUGAACCCCUGAAUUCAAGGCGACCACUUACACGCCGCCACACAAUGUCGGGCGUCAAUUGCCUUGUGGAACCAUGAAAGAUUUGCCACCGAAUAUGUGCUGUUCCAAUGCGGAGCUUACAAGUCGAUGUAGAGUCAUCGUCCAAGAAGACCAGACGUCAGGUUUCAGGGGGUGCUACUAUUUCUACUCGUAGUAGUAAGGCAUCACGCGACAAUAAACACGUCUUGACUUUACAACGUCUUCUCCUCCGAGAUUCUUGCUCUCUUUUGGUUUUGAGUUUCAAAGAGAACCAACUUGUUCCAACAUCUUGGACUAUCUUGUAUGAUUUACUGUGCAAGCAUGGGAAACGACGUAUCCCGCCCAGCCUCGCGGGGCCUCAAGGGCUCAGCACAAGCGAAUGCUCUGCCGCCUACACCAGAGCCGACUCCAGUGAAGGAGUUUCGCCCAAGUACCUCAACACCCAGCAUGAAUCUGCCGACAGCAUACGAGCCUCUCACACCACCACCAUCUGGGGACUCAAAACAACCAGAAGCUUCAGAACUCACCCGCCCGAGACCAGCCUCACCGCCAACAUCCCCGGAUCCACGAAGCCCAACACUAUCCCCAACCCUUCUCGGCACGCCAACACCAGGCUCCUCAUUCUCAUUCAGCCAAUCGACCCACAGUCCCCCCAGCACACCCUGCUCCCACUGCCACCGCCGCAUCUCCCGCCUCCAGCAGAGCCCUCAACGGCGCAAACCACAACCCCGCUCCCCGCCCGCACAAUGCGGCCACGCCCUCUGCCACCGCUGCCUGCGCACCGCCCUCCUCACCUCGCUCUCAAGGGACCCCUUCACUCCAGCGCGCUGCCCGACCCGGACCUCCCCUCCCAAUACCCCUAACCGAAGCCCAAACUCAAACUCAAAUUCAAACUCAACCUCACCCUGCGCCACCCCCCUCCCGCUCCCCACCCUCGGCGCCGUGGCCACCGCGCCCGAGUUCCUCGCCUACCGCCACAAGCUGCGCGAGAUGCACACGCCGCCGGAGCGCCGCUUGUACUGUCACGACCGGGAGGGGUGCGGCAUGUUUUUGGGGAUGGGGGUGGGUGUUCCGGAAGUUGGGUGUAGGGGAGGAGGAGGGGCUGUUGGGGUGGAAAAGAUGGAAGGGGUGGAAGGGGUGGAAGGGAUGGAGGGGACGGAGAGUCAGGGGACGGAGAGUCAGGGGAUGGAGAGUCAGGGGACGGAGAGUCAGGGGACGGAGAGUCAGGGGACGGAGAGUCAGGGGAUGGAGAGUCAGGGGCAGGAGAAAGGGAAGGGGGUUGGGCGGGGCCGGGUCGCGGCCCUGGUGUGUCCGCUUUGUGGGGGGAGGACGUGUAGUGGGUGCGGGGGAAGGGCGCAUCGUUUUGGAGGGGAGGUUACGGGGAGUCCGAAGGAUAAAAUGGGGAGGAGGCGGAGGAGGUCGUCUGGCUUGAGGACGAAUAAGAGAAAGGAGAAACAAGUUGGCGGGGGAUAAUCGUGUUGUCCAUCAAGGAUAUGAGCCGCGGUGUUGGACUAAAUACCACCACACACAUGUGAUAUAUAGCAAAUGUGAGCAUAAGCGACCGCUACAUCAGAGCGUUUGUUAAAGUGAUAGCACGAUUACCUUCAA